AUGGUACAACUCCAAAUCAUAUGACUGACUUUGGUCAUUGUGAAUUUUUCUUCAUUCACAAGGUGGUGGCGUAGAGUAAGAUUAUAGCCGAAAUAAUCUAGUGUUUUACGAUUUUUAGUGUUAAUCCCGUGGUGAACAAGGCGCGAAGAUGGCUCUAAGCGACGCAGAUGUCCAGAAACAGAUCAAGCAUAUGAUGGCUUUCAUUGAGCAAGAAGCCAAUGAAAAGGCCGAGGAGAUUGAUGCAAAGGCAGAAGAAGAGUUCAAUAUCGAAAAGGGACGUCUUGUGCAGCAGCAACGUCUCAAGAUCAUGGAAUACUAUGAGAAGAAGGAGAAACAAGUUGAACUCCAAAAGAAGAUUCAAUCUUCCAACAUGCUCAAUCAGGCUCGUCUAAAGGUGCUGAAAGUUCGCGAGGAUCAUGUUAGAAACUUGCUAGAUGAAGCUCGACGACGUCUAGGAGAGGUCACAAAAGACCAAUCUCGAUACGCUGACGUUCUUCGCACUCUUGUUGUUCAGGGAUUAUUCCAACUCAUGGAGCCAAAUGUGAUCUUAAAGGCUCGUCAGGUGGAUCAUAACAUUGUGCAAAGUGUUUUGCCACGUGCUGUGGAGGAGUACAAAGAUAAAAUCGGCAAGGAUGUCGUGAUAACAUUGGACACGGAAAACUUCCUGCCGGCUGAUGCAUGCGGUGGUAUUGAGUUGUCUGCCCUGAAUGGGCGCAUCCGUGUACCCAACACCCUUGAGUCGCGUUUGGAACUAAUUUCGGCUCAAUUGCUUCCAGCUGUGCGUACUGCACUCUUUGGACGCAAUGCCAAUCGUAAAUUCACAGAUUAAGAAGGCUUUUGCGCCCACAGUCUAAAUUAUCCCAUUCUUAUCCAGAGGAUACAAAUAAAAAAAAAAGAAACGGACGCUUUGAAAAAUUUCACACAUUCCCCAAUCAUUUUCAAAAUUUUCCCCAAUUAUUUUCUCUCAUUUUAAAUAAAAAUCCUCAGCAUAUGAGGUGCUAAACGACGGCGAUAUACUCUCAAAUUGACAAAUUAAUGCUGCCUCCUAUAUGAAAUUUAUUGAAUCCUCUCACAAUUGGCUCUCACAAUUGUCAACAGCAUCUUGCUUUGCAGUCACCAAAGUGCUACUGAGAUAAAGCAGCAGCUCAAAAAUUUCCAUCAUAAUUUCUCCUCUCACUUUGCUGCCAGUUUUUCAAAGCAAUUCGAUGAUUGGGCGACCCAAUUGUGAGUCUACAUAGGUCUCUGGGUUUAUGUUUUUGCACAAUUUGACAAUUUGUCUCCUUUUUUUUUAUUUGAUUUCAUUUUAUUAUGUUCUUGCUGUAUCCUUCCUGCUCAAAAAAAAAUCAGUGAUAUUCUCAAGAUCACCUGACGAUCACCUCGAGUUUUGCAAAAACACCACCCUUUGCGCGCCCUUAACAAAAACCUUGCAAUAUAAUCCCCAAAAUCAUUCUUUAGUUCUCCGUAAAAGUUAUUUCCUUGUAGUAUAAAACUCCUUUAAAUAUUCUGUCGCGUUGUCAUGCUGUUAAUUAUGCUGAAACAUUUAAAUGAAAAAAAAAUACUUGCAUUGUGUAAUAUUUGAGAUAAUAAAACCGUAAUGUUAUAUAUAUAUA